AUGGACAUCACCAACAAAUACAAUCACCAAAACCACAAACCCGCCAACUAUGCUUUCAACGGUAAGAUUAUGCUCUGCUCAGUCAUCAUUCUCUUCAUCGUCAUCUUCACCAUCGCUUGCUUCCACAGCUACGUCCGCUGCUUCUUCCACCGCCAUCACCCACGCCGUACUCGCCGCACACCACGCUAUCUCUUCCCCCACCCUGUUAUUUCUUUCACCACCCUCCUCGAAACUACCCUCUCUCCGACCAAUCCCAAGGCCUUGGAUCCCUCUGUUCUCAAGACCCUCCCUACUUUUACUUACUCGGCCACCACCCGCAUCAACCCAGCACCACUAGAGUGCGCCGUGUGUUUAUCUGAGUUCGAAGACGAAGAGCAAGGCCGUGUAUUGCCCAGGUGUAACCACACCUUCCAUUUAGAGUGCAUAGACACUUGGUUCCAGUCUCAGUCCAAUUGUCCACUCUGCAGGGCUCCGGUUCAACCCGAUAUUCCGCUUCCUAGGCUGGAAAUAUCGCCUGAAACGGCAAUAACAGUGAAUGAACCGGGCGGUUCGGAGCAUGAGACGGCUGAAGCUAAAGUGGAUUGCUCGAGAUGUUUGCCGUCGACGAGUGGUUCGGCGGAGGAAUAUGGGAGAAAGCCAAUAAUGGAAGUGGUGAGUAUAUCUGUAUCCCGGGAGGAGGUGUCGUAUUAUCAUAGUUGUAAUAAUACAAUUAGGGAUAGUAUUGAUGAGAGGUUGAGGAGGGGUUUGGGUUCACCCAAAAAUAUUAAUUACAAUGGCUUCAAAUCUUCAUCAGGCAGUAAGAUUCUCUCAUUGAAGAGGAUUUGGAGCAUAUAG